CGCAUGCGAGAGGCACGGGGUUCGAUUCCCCGCACCUCCAUUUUUGCCUUUCUUUUAGCGCCAUGGCACGAAGUGCUUUCGUUCGUUGUCAAAAAUUCGCCUUUCGAGUAGGAAAACGUAUUCUUCCCGCGCACUGUGAGUCUGUGACUAGUCCGUCUCUUCCGUUUCCGUGCCGCAUCGUCUCCUCCCGCAAGAAAGAAAAGCCCCAAAACGGCGGGCAUGAAGCGAGACGCUGCUUCGCAGUCCAUGGAUUCGGAGCUGGGGGAGGCGACCUGCAAGCUCGCGUGGCUCAACUUCGCGUGCGCGAGGGGCGACAUCGACUCCUGCGUCGCCCUGCUCUCCGAGCUCAAGGUGCUCCUCACAAGGUUACCUAGCUUGCCACCAUCGUUUGAGAAGACACCUAAUGCGGUCAAGGAGCUGAAAAUCGCAAGGGCUAUCUACGAGAAUGCUGUUAUCUUGAGCUUGAAAAUUAAAGACCGUGGGGCACUUGAGAGGAGCUUGUGCCAGCUAAAAGAAUUUUACAUCAGUACUUGCGGUAUAAUUGCUCCAUCACCAAAUGAAUACCCAUUUCUGGGCCUUAAUCUUCUGAGGCUGUUGGCUGAGAACAGAAUUGCUGAAUUCCAUACUGAGCUGGAACUUCUGCCCCUGGAAGCUUUAAACCAUCCUUGCAUCAAAUAUGCAACAGAGCUUGAGCAAUCCUUUAUGGAAGGUGCCUAUAACCGAUUCUUCAAUGCUCGCCAGGCUGUGCCACAUGAGACAUAUGUUUACCUUAUGGACCUUCUUGCUGAAACUGUUAGAGAUGAAGUAGCUGAAUGCAGCGUUGAUGCAUAUGACUACUUGCCAAUCAGUGUUGCCAAGAAAAUGCUAAUGUUUAGAUCAGAUCAAGAGCUUCUCGAGUACAUAUCAGAGGAACAACCAGAAUGGGAAAUCAAGGAUUGCUCAGUUCAUUUUGACAUGGCAAAACCCAAGUCUCACAUGAACUUGCCAUCGUUUGAGCUGUUCAAGCAAGCUCUUUGCUAUGCACGGGAGGUGGAGCACAUUGUCUAGUUUGCAACGCGAAGUUGACUCCAGAUGUAGGCAGCCAAAAUGCAACGACCAAGUUAGCUGUUAAAAAUACAACGUUUCAUGGAGAAGGAUGCUUAGGUGGAUCUUUUGUUCUGUUUUGUUGUUUGAGGCAACGGUUAAGUGGAAUUGCCGCUUAAAAUGACCCUGAUGCGUGGUUCAUAGUUUCAGAACUCUGCGAUGUGUUAAUGUCAGUUUAACAAAUGACAAUGGCCAGACGAAAAACGAAUGCA